CCAGAUGACGGCUGUUGGCGGAUCUGGUGAUCACAGACACAGAGCUCUCAGAUCAGAGAGAAAGCGGUGAGUAAUUAGGUUCUUGAGGAGCAUCUGAUAAAAGGGAAGACCACAGGGUGCAGGAUGAAAGUUUUUGUGCAAGUGAGCGUGGUAUUUGUUCUGGCCUUUAUUGGCCUGGGCUCUGCUAUUAAGUGCUACAAUUGUGUAGACUACACCGGCAAAUGCAAUAACACCAUUCACUGCGGUGGCCAUAAUGACGGCUGCCUGAUACUGAGAGAGAGAAAUGGGAAAAUAUACCGGCAGUGUAUCCGGUAUUCAGACUGUAAAUCUACUAUCCUUAGUACCAUGUUUCCCCAUGUGGCCAGCUUCACUCACGACUGCUGCGACAAAGACUUGUGUAACGGUGCAUCUGUGAGCACAGCCAGGACGUCAGUGAUGGCCAUGCUUCUUUCUCUGGCUCUGUUCUGGUGGUGCAUCAUUUAAUCGAACAUGUUCGGAUACUGCCCUCUGAUACUAUGCAUAACAAUACUAGCCCUCAGUGUUUUACUUUUAAGGUGUUCAAGAUUUAAAAUAAAUAAACAGACAAACUACAGAGACCGCCUUUUUUUUUUGUAACAGCACAAUGUCAACAGAUUCAUAUUAUUAAUAAAAUGAAUACUUCACAUUAAUGGUAUUUAAAUUUAAGGUAUAUAUUUUCAGUUGAUGUUAAAUUUGCUCUGAGGAAGUGAAAUUGUAUAGGUUACUUUAUUUUUAUUCUCAUUAAAAUGUAUUAAUUUGUUUAUUCAUUACUUUAUAGAGUUAAUUCUGGUAACAUGGUUGGAUACUGUAUGUGCACUAACAUCUGUACAAAAUGACUCCAUUUUAUAUAGCAUUCAAUACUAAUGGUAUUAUUGGCUUUAUUCUGUUAGAGGAGUGUAACUCGGGCUCUCCUUAACCAUGGACUUUGGUUUUGGAACUUCAAAUUUAAGGAGAAGUCGUCUUUUACAUUGAACAGAAGUCUUUACACUUGGGCUUUUGCCCCAAGACUAGUCUUCCAGUACUAAUAAGUGUACAUCCAAUAAAGGAAGCAACUUUAAACUCAA